GUCUCAGAUGCAUGCACUGUUGCACUUUCAGAUUUUCUGUAAGUUUUCAGGUCGAACACAGUGACUGUAGGGAUCCUGAUGCACAGGAUGUCCACCAGCACAUUCCUGGUGUUCUGCUCUCUGGCAUUUGUCGGAUUUGUCGGCACCUUUGGAAAAAACUUGGACCCCUCUUGUAAAGUUGCGGUGAAGGUUCAGAGUGGUACAACAUGGAAAGCUGUUCCUCAAAAAAAGCUGACAAUCAACUGUACUGCAAAACACUGUGGAGAAACAUUUCUUGUCACCUGGUAUAAAUCAGACACCAAGAAAUACGAGCAGAUUAAUGAUACAGUGAAUGUAAAAAUAAGACAAAGUAACACAUUUCUGAAGGAUGAACUGAUAUCAUUUUUGGAAUUCAAACGGAUUUCGACUCAAGAUGCUGGCCUUUAUAGUUGUAAAAUUCAAGCAUACAAAUACGCAGCAAUGAGUCACUUCAUUAAUGUUUUGGUUUCAGACAAUAAUCGUGCAGUUGGAAGUUACAGAAAUGGCACAUAUGACUCCGUGUUUUCUGCUGCUAAAGACGAGGCUCUGUAUAAUAAUAAGGUUCUCUACUGGUUGCCAUACUUCGCCAUAUGUGUUGGCAUCGUGCUUUUGGUUUUGUUAUUGACGGUGAUCGCCAAGCUGAGCCUUUAUUGCUACACAAGAUUACAAAUCAACAACCAACCAAAAUGCCAGGAAAUGCCUACUCAACGACUUCCAGACAUUCCCAAAGGCAGUUUUCCUUUCCCGCCGGUCAUCCAAACCCACCGCCACAAUCCUUUUGUCUACUCCCUCGAAAGACCUUCAGAGAUACCGUAUCCACCGGCGAUGAGUAAUGUGGUAAACACAGCGGAGAAGUGUCAUCAGACAGACAAUCCCCUGUAUAAUUACACCAAGCAUCUUCCGUCUGAAAAUCGUCAGUAGAACCACUUAAACUUUACCUGAACUGGCCUUCACAGUUCUGUGUAAAGAGAUGUAGAUGGAAAAAUACACACAGGCCGGCCUGCGUGGUGGUGUCAUGGAAAUGGCAGUUAUAAACCACACGGGAAACUGAACAGAGGCAGCUGGCGGUUACAAAUGUACGGCACAUUUUCUCAUCUCAGACAGACCUGCCCACAGCCAAGGCACUGCUGCAUUUCCCCUUCACAUUCACCACAGAG